AUGAGUAUGCUGAGCUCAAAUGAUAGUAAAGAAACCGAUUCUCAGUGGCUGACGACUGAGCAAGCCCAUGAAAUCUCCAUGAUGGCCUUGCAAAAGGGCGCAGCUAUUGAGAGGCUGGUUAACGUGACCCGGGGAAACUCUGUAAAUAUUAGAGCCAUGAAGAAUGCAUUUUUCAAGCUCAAAGCCUACACCUUUGGCAAGGACCACCCCGCCGUGACCAGCGCUACUGAGGAUCCAGGGGUUUUCAAGUUUUCUCAGGACCAACUAAGGCUAUUGCGUCAAGAGCAAUUGAUGCUCCUCUCUGAGAAUGAACGUCUAGUGGACGAACUCCAGACUAUUCGAAAAUUGCGCUACUCUGGGACGCAGUCAACCCCGAAUCCUACACACAUUUCCAGGGAGCCCAGAGAGUCAAGGUUGAUUAAGGAGCUAAACAAGACACUCUCUGGAGAACGGGAGGUUACAAUAAUGAGGACUAGAAUCAUUUAUUUCAUCGCAAUUGUUAACAAGAUAAAGGUUCGCAUUUUGGGAACAUGCUUCAGAGCCCUAAAUGACCAUGAGAGUUUUAAUCGCUCCAAGAUACAGGGCACAAAGAGAAUAGUAGCAACAUCCAUUAGAGCUUCCGCCAUAAUUCUCGACAGGAUUUUGGGGAAAAAGAUUUCAAAUCAGCUCCUGUUGUCCCUCAAGGUACUCAGAAAUCCAGGUAUCCAAAACGUUGACCAAAUGUAA